UCCGCUCUCCAUACUAAAUAGGAAAUUGGACGUGAUGUGGGAAUGAGUUCCCGGCGCUACGGAGCCGCCCAGCACUCCUCCUCCUCCUCCUCCUUUUGUGUGUGUGUGUGUGUGUAUAUGUGUGUAUACUAUAGGAGGAAGGGGAGGGGGAGCAUACCAGCCUCCCUGAAUAGGCCGCAAAAUGGCUCCAGUCAUUUUCACCUACGAAAAACAAGUGACAGAGGCUGCCUCUUCAUCCAGUUCCCCGCUGACGGACUUCGGGAUCCGGACGAUCCAGCGGUGGGUUUCGGCUGCGGCUGUCCGCUUUCUCAAAACCAAACCUCUUCCAAACGAGUACAGUACAAGAACGGGCCUUCCGUCGUGUCGGAUGCUGAUGGAGAGGUCCCCCAGUGACCCGCCGCGGGAUGCGGCGCACCGACCCGGAGCUGGAGCGGAAAGCGUCGGCGAGCCGGACUUGGGGCUGGGUUCCGGCAGUAGUAGCAGCGGCGGCGGCGGCGAUCGGAGGCGCGGAGGAAUGGCCCUCCCGGGGGAGCCGGCCUUGCUCGAUGGGGUUGCCAAGGAAACGGGUCGGCCGCCCCCCUCCCCCGGCCCGGGGCCCCCUGCUGCGCCGGUGCCAGUGAUCGAGCUGGUGCGCAACGGCCGCCCUAUAAAAGCCAGGGACGCGCCGCCCGGGGCCCUGCAGAGUCAGAGAGAGCCAGACGCGAGCAGCGGCAGCGGCAGCAGCAGCAGCAGCAACGGCAGCAGCAGCAGCAGAGCUCCGCGAGCAGAGCCGGCCACCGCCACCGCUCUCGCCCUCGCCACCACCGCAGGCGCCGGAGCCGGCACGCCCCCGGCCGGCGGUGGCAUCGGCAGCAGCAGCGACGUCCGCAUGGUGCACCUCAGUCCCACGGCAGCCCCUGCGCUCCCGCCGCCGGCCAGAGCCAUGCUCUACGGCCUCGGGGCUCCGCUCAGCGCCGCCAGCAGUGGAUAUUUUGGUGAACCCGAAAACUUUUCAAUGUACAACAACAACCGAGUGAAAAGAAGACCAUCCCCCUAUGAAGUGGAGCUCUCUGAUGGCCCUCACACAAAAGUGGUCCGUCGAAUAUUCACAAACAGCCGUGAGAGAUGGAGGCAGCAGAACGUCAAUGGAGCGUUUGCUGAGCUUCGCAAGCUCAUCCCAACUCACCCACCUGACAAAAAGCUCAGCAAGAAUGAAAUAUUACGCCUGGCUAUGAAAUACAUCAACUUCUUGGCCAAACUGCUCAAUGACCAAGAAGAAGAAGGGAACCAGCGGGGUAAAGUAAACAAAGAGACUGGCAUAGUGCAAGAAGACCUUCUUCAGGACAUGUUGUCCCCACAUUCAAGCUGUGAAAGCUCAUUAGAUGGAGCAGGAAGCCCAGACAGUUUCAUGGAAGAGCAUGAAUCUUUAGAUCCUAAGCAUACAAGAGGCCUCCAUCAUUCCCUUCUUCCCAUUGAAAACAAUGCCCAACGAUGAUGAACCAGCACAGAGCAUCCCAGAAUACUUGAUAUCUGGAUUGUAUGCAUGUCCUCCCUUUCUUCUUUCAUCUUCUUUAUCUAAGACAGACCAAAUGAGGGGUACUUUCCAAGUUUAUUUUCAACUUGAACAAGUUGAUGAAGAUAAAGAAUGAGUAACCAGGUGUACAGAACAAUUUCCUGCUUAUGUCACCAAUGAAACAUAGGCCUUGCUAGUUGUGUUUUUGAAAAGUUUAACACAGAAGGGCUGAAAUAUGCAGGCAGCUUAUUUUGUGUUUGUUUGAGGUUUACAAAAGGAUUGAACUGAGACUUCAUCCUUCUGCUGAUUACCUAUGCUCUUGUUUUGCCUUGUCUCUCAGCUAUUUGGACCCCAGCUUCUUCAGUUCUGUGUGGCUAUUAGUAUUGAAAUUUUUUCAUGUUGUAUGGUGUUCUUUUCCAGGUGUCUUUGAGGAAAUGUAUGCAACUCAUUUAUCUUCACACAAGAGCUUUGUUGGAGUGCUAUUUGUGAGCAACUGAUAAUUUUCAUUCUGGCUUUCUUUUCUUUUCUUUUUAAAUUCAGAUUUCACACAGAGUUGAAUUGUAUGAGGUCUUGUAUUUUUGAUGUGGAUUUAAAAGAAAUUUUAAUAUGCAGUAUUUGCUGAACAAUAAAGGUACACCAUUUAAGGUUUAUUUCUCAACUUUCGACACUUCAUCAGAGGGAUGUUUCCUUGAAGCAUGGCUGAGCAACAGGGUCCUUGGAGUUGUUACCUUCAGUUUCCCUGGUUUUAUUUUCUCUGACAAAAAUGUAAUGAGAAAUAUUGUUUGUGUGUAUUUAUAUGUAAGGCUGGUAUAAACAAUGUUUCAGUAAUGCACUUUGACUUGGUUAGAUUUACAUAUAUUGAGGUAAUGAGACACAAUCCAGCUGGAGCUUCUUCUUUACAAGAUCCAUGGAAAUAAAUGGGAAAUCUCCAUGGAAAAUCCAGAGAAAGUUGCAUGUCACAUGGCUAAAUUUGGUACAUGCUGAUCGCUCCAAGCUAUGCUUCAUAUAUAGGAGUUCUUGCAGAAAAAGCUCCUAGAGGGCAAUGCUCAAGUGGUACUUUUCUUUCCAGAAGUUGCUUGGUUCCAAAUGAAUUUGCAUUUUGUUGGGCAUUGUAAUUCUGUGAACAGUGGUAUAUGCAGCAAGCCAUGAUGAUGCCAAAACAACAAUAUGAACAUGAUGUUGCAUUAUGUUCUUUUGUACCAAUGUCUGAUAAAAUCACGUAAGCCACAGCACUUGUGUGAUGACAUUGUCAUACAGUUUUGUCAUUGCCCUUCUUUGCUUCUUUGCAGAUGCCUAAGUGAGUGUUUUCUGUGCCAUGUACUCUCUCUCCAGCCAUUCCCUCAUGCUUUUGCAGCUAAUCAAUCUGAUCCAUCUUGUUUCCCCCUUUUUACCAUUUAAACAAUGGUGGUUACAUGAUCAAGGAAGGGCUGCUGAAAAUUGUGAAAUUAGCUUGAGAGUGGUUUUGAUACAAUCUUUGUUGGUUGCAGUCAACUUUGUUUCUGUAGAAUUUGUGAAAUCACGGUUAUUCAUUCUCGGAUAGUUUUAUGGAAACAUUAUAUUUUCAGAUGUGCACCUGAGAUCUUAAAUAUAUAAACACACAUAAACAAGUGGACUGUGAAUUUGUUAAACAAAGUGUCUGCAAACGCAGGUAGGAGUGAAGUACUGAUUCUGGGGAAUUACAUUUGGUUGAUGUUUCUAGAUCUGACUUUGUGUUAUAAAGAACUAGAGCAAUUUUAGUGGUUCAAGCCAUUAUUCAGAAGUUUGUAUGUUCAUCCAUUGUUGAUUAUGAAGGAUGCAGUGUAGAAAAUUUAAGGAAGACUUGUUUUUCCUUCUCAGUUUUAGUGUUUGCCUUGUUAAUAAAAAUUAUAGUUGCCUGGGCAACUAUAGAUGUAUACAAGGUUCCCCCCUUAUCAUAGAUUGUUUAUGAAUUCUCUGAUACAUGUAUAUGUGUUUGUUAAAGUAUUUUUCUAUUGACAAACAGUUUUGAAAAAAGAAAUGUUGUCUUUUGUUGUUUAUAUGGGUGGGAGUGAAAGACACAUUGCUUUACUUCACAAGCUGCAUGUUGUCCCAUAAAAAUUCAAAGGUAUUCUGAAUAAUGUAAAAGUUAUUGCUGAGGAAUAAAUGACUUAUUAACCAUUGCUUAUUACUAAAGCCUCUCCCUUCGAAAUCUAGAAACAACAGCAGUAAUAGGAAGGAAUCUGUAGACUGGAAACAGAACUUGAAAGUCAAAUUAAAGCAAUUGGAAAGCAUUUGAUUGUGAUUUUUAGGCUACAGACCAAAUUUAUUUACGUUUACUAAGAAGGGCGUGUUUAACUAGUGGUGUGAUGGGAUGUGUUAUGUGUUCAAGAAGGUGGUAACUAUGGCAGUAUAAUCAAAAUCCUGCCCUUUUCUAUAUGCCAAACAGUACAAAGGGGUGCGGCUUUGAUUGUACUGCCAUGGCUGCCAUCUUGUUUUUCUUUUUUUCAUUGCUCUCAUGAACACCACUGAGCAUACCCUAUAUAUACAAGCUCUGUCAAGGAUUACUCUGCUCACAUGUUUCAUUCAUGGUCUUUUAUAGCCUAGCUAUCAUAGUUAGGGUGAGCCUUAGAUGUUUUCAUCUUAUUUGUGAUUUCUUUAUUUUUUUUAUAUAAUUUUUCCAUCUCUUAGAAAUGGAAUCACCUGGAGGUUCCAGACCCGCCAUAUCCCUGAUACCUACUAUAAUCUUGGCCAGAAAUAGAUUGUUUGCCCUCUUUUGGGGCUCAUUCUAGAUGCUUAUCAACAUAAAAAAGUAAAUACAGCUUCUCCUGCUCUUUUGGCCAAGGGAAAUUGAAGGAUAGGUUGCUCAUCCUAAACAAAUAGCAGGAUUGGGUUUUCUAGAAUGGCUAAUCUUAUGGGAACAAUUCCAGGAAAAAAAUUAAUGUUUUAAAUAUAAUUUUUGUAUAAUGCUAAAGGUUUGUUCUUCUUUAUGUUCCCCUUUUCUUAUUAAUCCAGAAACUGCAACUGCAUGCUUCACAAAUUUGUAGAAUAUUUCUGGUGAACUUCAGAUAUAUGAGUUACAAUGCUUAUAGGCUGAGCUAAAACUAGAAUGAAGAAGGUUAUUAUGGAGAAUAUGGCACUCAGAUCAGAAGUGGACAAUUUAAGGCCCAUGGCUUCACAGAGGCAGGCUCCAAAUCCUCAGAAAUUAGGCCCUUGAAAAUUGAAACCAACUAUAAAAAUAAAUGCUGCUUUGUAUGCUUCUUAAAAGAAUAAGCUAUUUUAAAUCAUCUAAACAAUACCUCCAAUCCCCACCCCAAGUAUUCCCUCAAAAAUGGAAGUGUCUGGCUCAUCCGCAAGUGUGACAUUAUUACAUUGUGGUUCUCAAUAAAUCCCUCUUCCAAAAUACAUUGAAUUAAGAAGGUAACACCCGAUCUGCCAAAAGGUACCUGGUUCUGUUUUAGAUAUUUUAUUUAUUUAUUUAUUUAUGAGACUUAUAUACCGCUUUAAGUGCAAGCACUCUCUAAGCGGUGUACACCAGUAAGCAAUGUAUAUAUAUAUUUACAUUGCCCCCAACAAU